UCUGUCGCGAGGUGUUGUUUGGUUGGGAUUCAGGUGGUUGGUUGGUUUGUUGGUUGUUCGUGCGUCACUUCAACCCUAGGGGCUUCCGCAAAUUCACUUGAUUGUCGCGGAUUUAGGGUUUGACCAAGUAGAGAUACGUUCAAUACGCCUGCUGUAGAGAUUUGCUGGCAGAGUGGGCAGUUUUUUCUCAUAUCCAAAUCUUGAGCGUGCAGGUUCUCCCUCUGCCAGCCUCGACGCGGAACUCCAUCCCUCGUACCCCGAGAUUUUUCUCAUUCGCAUUUAAGAUCAGGUUCACCCUCUUUAGAAACUUGCACAUGUACUGCCAAUCUCCUUAGCUUACCUUUAUAACUCACACCAAUGCAUCAGUCAGCGGCGGCCGGCAAGAGCGGCAGAUACGGCCGGUCCAGCUCGGGUUCCCGCGACUCCCCCAUUGCGCCCUCCCGCUCCGACCAGCCCAGCUGGCGCUCCGCCGCCGCCGCGUCUCCCCCGCCCGGGGGGCCAGGCGCGGCGGGAACAGGCGGAGGGGGAAGCACAGGAUGGGGGGACAGCGCGGAGGGCGGUAGAUCUGGGGGCGGCGCAGCUCCGGGCGGAGCGUGGGGGCGUGGCGGACCGGGGAAAAGCGACAACCCGUGGGGAAGGGGAGGUGGCGCAGCCGGCGGAGUUGGCGGGGCCCGCGGCGGAAACCCCUGGCACACGGGAGGAGGCGGGGUGGGGGUAUUGACAGGCGCGUGGCAGCAGCCGCUGCAGCACCUGCAGCAAACACCGCAGCAGCAGCCGCAGCCAGAUCUAGGGCAAGCGGGAAAGGCCGCGGGAAAGGGGGUUGGCACGGGCGCGCUUGUCACUGCAGGGGAGAGCGCGAAUGGGGGAAGCGCAAACGGGGGAAGCGCGGGCGGUGCGCGCGCGGGGGGCCGGGAGUGGAUGGUGGCGAUGAGCGCGUGCCUGAUAGGGCAUCUGGUGGAGGUGCAACUGGUGCAGGGCGACUCGUACUGCGGCAUCUUCCAUGCUGCUAACGAGGAAGACUUUGGCGUGGUGCUCAAGUUGGCGCGGCUGGUGCGGCAGGGGACAGGUGCGCAGAGCACAGAGACGGCUGCAGUGAGGGAAGCUGCCAGGAAGCCUCCGUUGAAGACGCUGGUUGUGCCUGCUGCUGACCUGGUGCAGCUGAUUGCCAAGGACCUCCCUCUAUUCGGCUCUGACCUCAUGGCGUCCUCCUUGGCGCCCAACGGGGAGAUCAUAACGGACAGCAGCAUCGGCAGCAUGGUUACUACACGCGGCAGCUGGGGGCCUGCAGGCACAGGGGCAGGAGGAGGGGAGGGGCGCGAGUUGCAGCGGUGGGCGCCGGAUGGAGUGGAGGAGGGGAUGGGGUUGGAUGAAGACACCUUCAGAAGCAGCUCCAGGGCGUGGGACCAGUUUGAGGCGAACCGCAAGUUGUUUGGCGUGGAGACGUCGUUCGACGAGGCGAUCUACACGACACCGCUGGUGCGGCCGUCCCGCGAGCUGCAGGCCCAUGCGGAGAGGAUCGCACGGGAGAUCGAGUCGGCGCCCACCAGGAACAUGCACAUCGCAGAGGAACGCGGCUUUCACCUGCGCAACGCAGCGCGCACGCUAGCAUCCGCUGUCAAGGCAGCCAUCUCCGGUGGUGACUCCCCUGCUGCCGCUGCUGCUACUGCUGCCGCUGGUGCGGUGGCGGUGGGUGCUGCAGACAGCGCGUGGGACGAUGACGACAUGGACGAGGAGACCAAGUACUCCUCCGUUAUCCGCACUGCAGCCGACCUGGACAGCGGAAUGGAAGAUGAAAUGGACGAAGCGAACGAUGAGACGUUUGGUGAUGCACCCAUGCAUGCCACUUCGGAUAAGGCGCCCCCCCUGCUACCAACCCCGGGCGUGCCGUCCGAAUCAGCUGGUAAAGGCGCUCCAGACAAGGGCGAGAAACAGACAGAAUCUGCCGCCCCAGCUGCUGCGGGUGGCACUGGUGGUGGGAGCAUAGGAGAGGAGGUGGAGAGUGGAGAGAAGGCCAAGGGGGAAAGCGUUGGAACGGAGGAGACGAAGGGGGGUGGGGAAGCAGAGGGGGGAACGGGGAAAGGGGAAGGGGCAAAGGGAGCAGAGGAUGGGAAGGGGGAGGGGAAGGAGGGGAAAGGAGAGAGGGAAGGGAAGGAGGGAAGGGAAGGGAAGGAAAGGAAGGAGGGGAAGGAAGCAAAGGAUGGGAAGGCAGUGGGUGCGUCGCGGUCGUCAUCGGCGUCGUCCACCUCGUCUGCCAGCGGUGCUGCUCUCUCCGCUGCUGACCUCCCCGCCAUCCCCUCGCACCCGCGCCUGCGCAUGCAUCCCAGGCGGCUGGUCAAGGCUGCAUCUGGCGGUCUCUUCCAGGUGCACGGCAGCCCCUCCCGGCGCUCCCCUCUCAUGUCCCCGCUAUUGAGCGAUGCGCCCGCUAACCUGCAAGCGCUGAACCUGGACCAGAGCGUGCCACACCUGUCGGAUGAUGUGUACAGGGAGUUUCAGGAGUUCAAGCAGCGAAGCCAGCGCAUGCGGGACGAGGCGGAGGGGGUGCGGUCCUGCAGCGACCUGCUGGGCAAGCAGUUUGAUUCUCGCUCGCCUGUUUCCUCCUGUCGCUCGUCUGGUCGCAACACCCCAACCUACCUGGAGAGCUCCCACUCCUCCCCCGACCUCAAGCCCUUCCUCGCCUCUGCCGCCUCGGCUCUCCUCCGCUCCUCCUCCUCCACUGCCGUCUCUGCUGCUGUUGCUCCCUCCACCUCCUAUCGCUCUCCUUCCCCGUCCAACCUGGCGCGUUCCCAGUCACAUUCGGUAGACCCUGCCACGUCAACGCCAGCUGGUUCCUCAGCAGCCAAGGCUUUGGUACCGAAGGUAUUGUCUGUAGAAGCUGCAGCAGAGGUGGUGGCAGCAGCUGCAGUUCCGGGCGAAGAGAAAAAGAAGGAAGGGAAGACAUUAAAUGCUGGAGAAACCGCAGCAGGAGGAGGAGAAGGGAAUGUAACAGCAGCGGCAGCUGCUGCAAGUGCUGAUGUGAUUGGAGAAGCAGGAGCGGCAGGGACGCUGGCAGAGGGUGCGGAAAAAUCAGUGGAGGGUGCAGGAGGAGGCGCCAGUAAGGCACCUGCUGCAGCAGCUGCUAAGAAGUCCACCCUCAACCCCAACGCCAAGGAGUUCAAGUUCAACCCCAACGCCAAGGUCUUCACCCCCACCUUUUCUAUGCCAGCUUCCGCCCCUCCUCCCCUCCCCCCGCCCUUCAUCCCCGCCUAUCCCUCCGCCCUCCCCCUCCAGCCGCGCCCAGACCACCCCUUCCCCUUCCAACCCCUCCCUGGCGCACCCCCCUCCGCCCCUGGUGCCCCCAUCCCCUUCCCCGCUCCUCUCUACCUCCCCUCCGCUCUCCCUCCCCCUCCCCCGCCAUGUCUUCCCCCAUCCCCCCCCAACUCACUCCUGGCGGCCCCACCCCCCCUGCCUCCGCGCUCCCCCUCCCCCUGCCUUCCCCCGGUUCCGCUGUUGGGGGAGCAGCAGCGGGGGGGGGACAGGGGGCCUUAUCCCCAUCCCUGUUUCGGUGCCAGGUGGCAUGCCACCAUUGGCUCAGCAGCAGCAGCAGCAGCAACCUCUGUUGCCACAGCAAGGGUAUGGAGGGGGGGGAGUGGGGGGAUGGAAGGGGGGAAGCAAGGGGAGGAUGGUAGUGGUUCUGGGGACGUUGGGGGGAGGCAGGGGCAAGAUGAGGGGCAAGGAGCGGGGAUUGCAGGGCAAGGGCGGGGACAGAACCAGAACCAGAACCAGAACCAGAACCAGAACCAGAACCAGGGUUAUAAUCAUCAAUAUCAUCAGCAACAGCAGCAGCAGCAGCAGCAGCUUCAGGCUCACGUGCCAAGGUCGGGGCACCAGCGGCGGCAGAAGCAGCAGCAGCAGGACAGGCAGCAGCGGCACCGGCAGGGGCCGCAGGGGGAUGGUGGGGAACACAACCAGCAGCCCAUGCAGCCUCACCAGCAACACCAGCAGCAAGUGCAAUUCGGGCAGCAGCAGCAGCAGCAGCAUCAGCAGCAUCAGCAGCAGCAGCAGCAGCAGCAGCAGCAGCAGCAGGGUCAGCAAGAUGGCAGUUUUCACGAUCAAAAUGACUUGAACAAGUGGCAGCCGCAGCAGCAGCCACCAGCAGCAUUCAUGCCCAUGCCGCCUCAAGGCAUGCCGCCCCAAGGCAUGCUCCCGCCCGGCAUGUCCCCGGGCAUGCGCCCCUUCCUGCCUGCAGCUCACGGCGGCCAACCCAUGCCUGGGCCCAUGCCCCAAGGCAUGCCGCAAGGCAUGGCAGGAGGCAUGCCCAUGAUGUUCACCCCGCAAGGCUUCCCCCAGCCCAUGAUGUAUGGGCAGCACGGGCAGCUCGUGUACAUGCCCAUGCCGCAGAUGAUGCCAGCUCCUAUGAUGAUGCCACCUCAGCAGCAACAGGACCAGUCACAGCAGCAGCAGCAGCAGCAGCAGCAGCAGCAGCAGGGGGAGGGCUCACAACAAACCACCACAGACCAGCAACAAGCACAACAGCAGCAAGAGGCAGGCCAGCAGCAGCAGCAGGGAGCACCGCUGCCAGGAAUGCCAGCACAGCAGAAGGGGCCUGCCCAGAUGUACCCCAUGGGAAUGCCUCGAGGUCCGGUGAUGCUGCCCCCGCCACAUUUCUUCCACCGCCCACCCAUGGUUCCUAUGCACAGCAUGCCGCCCGCCCACAUGCCCAUGCCGCCCCACCCGGGCUCAUCACCCCCAGUCAUGAGCAGCCCCCAGCCGCCUGCCUCCAUGCCUCCCACCCGGUGAGGCAGAGGGGAGAGGGGGGAGGGGGAGUGGAGAGGGGAGGAUUGUGGACUUCAUUUUGAGGUUCGCCCCAAGGCAUGCCUAUCCCGCCCCACCCGGGCUCAUCACUCCCAGUCAUGAGCAGCCCCCAGCCGCCUGCCUCCAUGGCCCCCACCGGGUGAGGCAGAGGGGGGAGGGGGGAGGGGGAGGGGAGAAUAUCUGGCUGUGUUUUGAGGUUCGCCUCAAGGCAUGCCCAUGCCGCCUCACCCGGGCUCAUCACCCCCUGUCAUGAGCAGGUCCCAGCCACCUGCCUCUGUCGAUGCCUCCAUGCCUCCUGGCCGGUGAGGCAGAUCGGGAAGGGGAGGAUGGCUGGCUUCAUAGUGAGGUGCCUGCAUAGCAUACUUCGACUGGACACGCUUCAUUUGGCCGCCCCAUCCUACAAUCUCCAUGCACACCCGGUCAAAAAAAUUAAGCGUUAGCGUUUCGUAUAUCACCUCAUCCACUAGCUCCGGGCACACCCAGUCGUGAGCAGCAGUCCCCAUGCCCCUGCAGUCAUGCCUCCCAUGCGAUGGCCUUGAAAGUGCCUUGGAGAAUGUGCUCCUUGGUAUUUGUUGGGCAUUAGAGGAUUCGGGUGGUACUUGGGGACCGUGAUGACUCCUUUUUAUGAGGUCUGUCAAAAGUUUUGAUACGUUGCUGAUGGCAGCUUCUGGCAUCGGAAUGGCAUCAGAUC